UCAGACCGGAUAUUUUGCUGAAGGAACGCGGCCAAAAGCCAAAAGCCAAAAACAGAAAGCAUCUGCCUCCGGAAGCUAAACAAUGAUAGCUAGCUAUCGAACCAUUGCUGUAUGUGACUUGCGCUCCUAGGGGCACAGCAUCUCACUAAAACUAUACAAAACGGUAAACCCGCUCGAAUUACUACAAGCUUUAGCUAACGUCUGGUAGACUGACAGUUAACGUUAACUUUAGCCCACUUGUUGUUAACCAAAGUCGGCUAACGCUAGCUUCGUUUAGAAUAUGUAACGUGUGGUUUAGGGAAUGAAAACACUUCAUAACCAGCUAGCUUUCUGCUCUACUUAGCUCGCUUUAAGUAACGAAGGUGUUGUUACUUUGGCUAACCUUUCUGACCAUGGUUGCUAGCUAACGUUAACGUUACUGUUCACAGCGAAUUUGCAUUUGGCUAAUGAUGGAUUGUUUUUAUAGCUAACUUUAGGUCAGUAAUAAGUUAACUUCAUCACACUGUCCACAGGACGCGUCCUUCUCUGUCCACCCUGGCAUUUUCUUGUUUCGAUGGCAUUUCACGAUAACCGUUAUCUCCCAAAGCAUGAAUGUCAGUUCGUGCAUCAUGUCAAGGGGGAGCUGCAAACAUACCAACAGAAGAGCAACCACAACAGUGUGCUCCUGUUCCCCCCUCUACCCAGCAGACUGCGAUACCUGAUCCACAGGACCAUAGAGGACUGGCCAGAGUUCACCACCUUCUCAGUCGGGGAGAGCUGGUGCCGUAGAGUGGUGGUCUGCCAUUCUGAACUCAGGGGUGAGGUAGAGGAAGACAAUGACUUGGAGAGCAACAACAGCUUGUGUGAAGAGCUCCUAAUAAGUAGAAGUAGGGAGGAGAUAGAGGGCAAUGCCAAGCCUAAAUCUUCGAUCCCAUCGCGAAGCCGAGGACCUAAGAGGCCGGACAAACCCCUUUACAUGCCACGAGCUGCUCGGGAGAGACUGUCCUUACAAAACUCACAAGGACCCUCGGGAGACCAAGAGUUGCCCGGUCCAGCCUCAAGUAACUGUAGCUGCAUCAGCAGUUCAUCUGACUCUUGUUCCUGUCCUGAAACUACAGAAAACACAAAGUCCUCAUCGUCAUCCAGACAAGAAUCUCUCCCCAGUGUAGCGGACGGCAUCCUCAACCAUGUUGCUGACAGUUCAGUGCUUUGUCCUCACGUACUGACGCUGCAUGAAGCUGGGCCCCUAGUCUGGGACCAGACUGUGUCCUGCUUUGCUGACAUAACUCUGGAGGAGGAUGAGAAGGACAAGGAAGACUUCGCUAGUGUGCCAUGCAGUGAUGUAACUGAAGAGAUCAAGGCACAUCUGAAAGAGGCAGCGACUGUUUCCAUUGAGCACGUUCACAAUGACUACUCCAUAUAUAUGAAUGUGUGUAUCACUAUCGACCCGGCUGAGUUUCGCCACGUGAUCGAGAUCUAUGACUUCCCAUCUAUAUUCAGAACAGAUGACCUCCUGGAUGCUUUCACAGAGUACAGUGAUGGUGGAAUGAAGAUCAAGUGGGUAGACAACACACAUGCCCUGGGGGUUUUCUCCAGUGAGCCGGCAGCACUCCAUGCCCUCUCCAUCUGUCAUCCGCUGCUGAAGGCAAGAGCGCUAGCUGAAGGGAGUAAAAAAGCCAAAGCCAAGGCCAUUAGAUGGGCAGAGUUUAUCCAGCCAGUGAAGGAACGUCCUAGGACAGACUGUGCUGUUGCCCAGCGGAUGGUGACCAGAGCCCUGGGGCUGCAUGGACGAGGCAGAGUGCAGCGAUAUUGAAGGGAAUUGCUAACACUGUUGGCUAAUGCAGAAAGGUCCAGCAGAGGUCUGCCUCCAUUCACUGGCCCUCUGUAGAGGCUCCACAGUGGCCACAAACAGCUAGCUGAUCAUUAGGAGCACGACUACCGUCUAGCACUGAUUGGUACAGCAGGUUUGCAUGGUGAAGGAGGGGACUGGCAAGAGUUGACUGCCACACAUCAGCAACAUCCACCCUGCUGAAGUGUCCUUGAGCGAGACUGUGAAUCACCACCAGCCUCAAAGUUGCUGUUCUGUCACUGAACCUGACCGCUUUGGACAUUAUUGUUGUAAGUACGAACGAGUCCAAUGCAAGCGGUGAUUUCAAAUAGAAAAGGUACUGGAGAAGCUUUUGGCUUGUUUUGAUUUAAUUGCAUAUUGACUUGAAACUCAAGUGUUUUUCAAGGGUGUUUAAUUUCCAGGCACAGAGUUGAUUUCCUCCUUGCUCAGGUGAUGCAGGAUUGGUUGCAUAAUUCUAUGUAAGUAGUCUUACUUUUUAAUGUCGAAUUCCUCCACAGAUUAUUUCUCAGGAUUUGGUCAAAGAAAUCUAUUACAUUGUGUGCUGUAGUCACAACCAGACAAAUUCCAACUGACCAACGUAAUGUAGAUCCAUUAACAGAAUCUGAUCUGUUAAAAAGAUAACACUAAAUAUUGUUUUCAAAUGCCAGCAUUUCAAUUGAGAGACACAGUGGUAAAGAAAAACGCAUGUAACAGCAAUGUCAUACUUGACUAAAUAAGAUAUUUUCUAAUGUUUAGUUCAUUUUAAAAGUUUGUUUUAUUUUUUGUAAACAAGUUUUAAAUAUUUAUUUUUUCCCUCUAAUUAACAAAACUACCGUAGGAUUGUUGCCGCAGAGGCAAAAUGUUCAAGUUCUUUCUCACUCCACAUUACAGAAAACGAGAAGAUUUCAGUUUUUGGUAAACUAAAUUUGUGCUUUGGAGACUUGGAAUGUUGGGCCCUCUGUACAUGUUACUGUACUGUUAUUUUGUCAUUGAUUUAACACAAAUCUUAUCUCUGUAAAGGGGGUGUCCAAAAUGUCAUUAAGAAUUAAUUGUACAAGUUUGUAUUCAGUAAAAGAUGUUGAGUAUUUUA